AUGCCAACCUUGGCGACGCAAGCCACGCGCAAGACCAACCUCCACAAGUUGGAUGUGUGCAUCAAAGUCUCGAACAUGCUUGCCGACAUGGCGAGUCCUGGAGGUCCGGUCGUGGUCUUUCGAACAAUCGUCGCGCUGAUGGAGUCUGCGGAACAGUGGGAACGAACGCAAGGACCAAUAUCUCGACUUUGGACAGGCACAACAAGGCAGGAGGCUCUCUUGGAUCUGGUCGAUGACACGAGAACACCUGUGGUAGCGAGCACAUUAUGGAAAUGCUCCAAUCCAGCUGCUGCGGCCGUGAGCGACCACACAUUCCACAAGAACAACAAGAACAGCAACAACAAGAACAACAACAACAAGAACAGCAACAACAAGAACAGCAACAACAAGAACAGCAACAACAAGAACAGCAACAACAAGAACAGCAACAACAAGAACAGCAACAACAAGAACAGCAACAACAAGAACAGCAACAACAAGAACAACAAGAACACCUGA